AUUGCGUUUCCAUUCAGUUGCCUUGAAUCCUCGCAGCUGUGUGAACACAUUUCGGAAAAUUCCAAGAUAUAUUUAUACAAAAAAAAUAAAAUUAAAAAAACUUUAAAAAAAAAGCUACAAUCAUGUGUGAGCUACAGAAGCUAUUGGAUGGACUGAGCCUGACCUUCAACAAGUACAAGGAGCUGCGACGCCUCGAAAUGAUUGAUAUAAUCAACAAACUGCGCUGCUGUCAGUGCGGCCACAGGAUGCGAAUGGCAGCUAUUGGAAUGGUUAAUGGAAAAACGGAGGGGGAGGGGGAGGGGAACGCCAACAAAUGUCCGGAGUCCCAAGUGUCCAAUAAACGGAAGCUGCUCAUCGGCUUGGGAUUUGUGCUGUCAAUGAUACCCGUCGCCACAAUUAUUCUGGCCAGACGCUAUAACCAUUAUCAGUCGCAUGGCAGCGGCGCUUGUGUGUCGUCAUUUCUAUAUACCUUUACGGAUGACUGCGAAGUGAUCUUUUGAGAGUGGAUCCCCUGCCUUCCUGCCUUCCUGCGUUCCUGCGUUGCUGCAUUUUUGUUGCUGUUUUAUAUUUUAUAUGUUCACUUUGUUAAUCAGUUGGAAUUGAUUUUUGAAUGUUUUUUCUGAUUAACUCUGUUAAUGUUUUGCAGAGUUUUUCAUCUGUAAUUUGUAUUUCGAAAUAAAUUUGAUCUAAAUUG